AGAUCGAGCAAAAACCAGCUUAAAAAUGAGUAGAAAUUCAAAAGCCCCUUCCCUCUCGAGUGAGAAUUGGAUUAAAAAUAUCACUAUAAAAAGGAGAAAAAAAAACCUUAUUAUUACAUAAUUUUCAACUCAAAAAAAAAAAAAAAACUGAGAAAAAGAAAAUGGCGCAGUUUCCCUGCGACUCUAAUGGCGUUUGCAUGGUAUGCAAACAGAAGCCUCUAGAAACCGAAACUCUCCACUGCAUAACAUGCGUAACUCCAUGGCAUUUUACAUGUUUACCCCUCGCUCCAACCACUAUCGUCGAUUGGGAAUGUCCCGAUUGCUCUCAACCGAACCUCGCCGCCGAUUCGCUUGCUCCGUCCAUCGCCGGCGAUCUCGUUUCCUCAAUUCGCGCCAUCGAGAACGAUCCGUCGCUCACCGAUGAAGAGAAAGCGAAGAAACGCCAAGAACUCGUUGGUGGAUCUUCUACUGAAAGUGAAACCAUCAAUAGAGGAUGUAAUGAUUCUAUUGAUAUCUUCGAUGGAAGCCUCAAUUGUUCCGUUUGCGUGCAGUUACUGGAGAGACCUGUCACUACUCCGUGCGGGCACAAUUUUUGUUUGAAGUGUUUUGAGAAAUGUAUUAGGCAAGGAAAGAACACCUGUUCGAAUUGUAGGACUCCAAUUCCGGCGAAGAUGGCAAGUAAUCCACGAAUUAAUUCACAGUUAGCGAUAGCGAUUCGUAAUGCGAAGCUAGCGAGAUCGGAGGGUGGUGUUGGAGGGAGUGGCGGUUCGAAAGUUUAUCACACUGUUCAUAAUGAUGAGCUUCCUGAUACUGCUUACACUACGGAGAGAGCAAAGAAAACAGGGAAGGCGAAUGCUUGUAGUGGGAAGAUAUUUGUGACGAUUGCUAAAGAUCAUUUUGGGCCGAUUGUUGCUGAGAAUGAUCCAACGAGGAACCGUGGGGUUCUUGUUGGUGAUUCGUGGGAGGAUAGGAUGGAAUGUAGGCAAUGGGGGGCUCAUUUACCUCAUGUUGCUGGGAUUGCAGGUCAGAGUAAUCAUGGUGCUCAAUCCGUGGCUCUUUCUGGUGGAUAUGUUGAUGAUGAGGAUCAUGGUGAGUGGUUUCUUUAUACUGGAAGUGGUGGAAGAGAUCUCAGUGGUAACAAACGUACCAAUAAGGAUCAGUCUUUUGAUCAGAAGUUUGAGAGUUAUAAUGAGGCUUUGAGAGUCAGUUGUCGAAAAGGUUAUCCUGUUCGUGUUGUUAGGUCCCACAAGGAGAAACGUUCCUCUUAUGCACCUGAAAAAGGGGUGAGAUACGACGGCGUUUAUAGAAUUGAGAAAUGCUGGCGCAAAAUUGGAAUACAAGGUCAUAAGGUUUGCAGGUAUUUGUUUGUGAGGUGUGACAAUGAGCCAGCUCCAUGGACAAGUGAUUUAUCUGGAGACCGUCCCCGUUCACUACCUAUAAUUGAGGAAUUUAAGGGUGCAAUUGAUAUUACUGAAAGAAAGGGUGAUCCGUCAUGGGACUUUGAUGAGAAAAAGGGCUGCUGGUUGUGGAAGAAGGCCCCACCACUAAGUAAGAAAACAAGCAAAAGGGUGUCCUCCAAAAAAAGCAAGGAUACGCUGUUAAAAGAUUUUGGUUGCAAUAUAUGUCACAAAGUGUUGUCUUCACCUCUUACUACUCCUUGUGCUCACAACUUCUGCAAAGCUUGCCUGGAGGAUGCCUUUUCUGGCCAAAGCUAUAUCAGACAGAGGGCAUCUCAAAGUGGACGCUCUUUGCGGACACGCAAGAACAUUAUGAAAUGUCCUACUUGUUCAGCUGAUAUAGCUGAUUAUCUUCAGAAUCCACAGGUUAACAGGGAGAUGAUGGGUGUCAUUGAAUCACUCCAGCGACAGACUGAGCAGCAGAUGGAGGAGAGUUCUGAAGAAUUAAGUGCUAAAAGUGAUGAAAAUCUCACGCCGGAUGAGGAGAUGGAGGAGGUUUCAAAUCCCUGUGAUUCAGGUGAAAAAGUCUUGAUGGAGAUUAACAAUGAUUUGGAUCCUCCAAAGAAGGAGAGGAAAGUUGCCGGUGGCAAGGUUGUGGUGAACUUGGAGGAACAUAUUGAUGAUGCAGUAGUAGAAAGCGAAUCAAUGGAUUUUGAUUAAAGGAUGAUGUUCUUUUAAUACCAGUUUGGAUGUCCAUCAAGUCGAUCAAAAUCACGUUGAAAAACCACUUCAACUCAAAAGCUUCAAAUAGUUGCUUCAUUAUAUUCAUUUUUCUUUUUGCAUUGGGAUGUGGUUUCUUAAACGUGAUUUGGUAAAUCCAAAACAAAGAUGCUUAUUUUAGUUUUUGGCUAACAUGAAACUUACUAGUAUUCGAGGCAUGAAACUUACAAAAAUGUUUUUCAGAACUGUUGAAAACUUGUAUAAAUGAAAAUUACACAUUUGUAAAUGGUGUUCAAUAGUCAGAGUUGUGUCAUCACCGAUUUCUUUUUCUUUAUUGAAAUUUCCUUCUUCACUGCCCUUUACUCCAUUUUCAAUGUCAUUCUGAUAAUUAUUUUAAAACUCU